AUGGAAGCGUAUCAGCUCCAAAUGACGCGAGGUGAAGAUGGACACAAACUCGUUCACUUACCUUCAGGUGGCCGCGUGGCUGUGCCCUUUGAUCCACUUUACGCAGCUGAACGAGCUGCUGCUGCAGCUGCUCGAGCCAUUGAUCCACCCGAUGAGUUGCGGUGCAAAUACAAAAGCACGCGGUGUCUAAACUUGCGUGCCAAGAAGCGCAACGGCGAGCUGCACAACUUUUGCCAGAUCCACCGCGAGCGCGCAAACCAAAACCAACGCAACUCGGAGCAGCGGAAACGGUUACCAAAGCAGGAAACGCUACAAAAGGGGUGCAACUCGAGGACUUUGCAAUGGCAUGAACAGGAAGGUGACAAAAGUCCAUGGAGCUCUGUAGGUAUCAAGAAUCUAUGGGGUUCUAGCGGUGAAAUCUGUAACGACGAAAAGCAGCUGCGAACAGGAGGACUGCCCCGUCAUUUGCAUCUCCUCGAGCCGCUCCAAGGUGAUGAUUGUUCUCACUUAGAACCAACUUAUGACGAACUAAAAGAGACGGCAAUGCUACUGAGUAUUCCGGAUCGCGACCGAGAGUAA